AAAAAAAGCUUUAGUUUGAGUUCCGGCCGAGCAAAGUCAGGAAUAAGCCAUUUCCGUGGGAGAAAAAUUGCAAUGGUUGCGGCAGUUUUUGAAAGAGGUGAAUGGCCAAUCUCAUUGAACAUGAACCAGAACCUGGAGACUUCCUUUUUCAUUUUCCUGAGAAAUUGAAAUUGACACUCUCUCUAUCGUCCGUCAUUUUCCGUGGAUCAAAGUGAGUGAAAUUGUUGAAUUGCUGUAUUCUAGCUUCGAAGAUGUCGGGUGAAAGAGAUGAUGGCGAUCAGAACCAUGUGCUGCUACUGAGAUCGACCGUCGAAGAAGACGCCGGUGAAGGUGCCGGUGCCGGCGGAGGCAUCAGCAAUCUGAUUUCUAAACUUAAAGCUCCGAUGAUUAAUCUGGAUCGCGGAGGAAGUGGUCGGCGCCAUGGUCUUAGCCUUAACAUGAGCAGCCGAGAUCAUAGAGAGAGUUGGAACCAAAUUGGGGAUGAGGAAGAUCCCCCUGCCUCCUCUUCCUCUUCUCCUCAUCGUCGUCGUCAUCAUCUUGAUUCCGACUCUCAAUCUGGCGGAGAAGCCCUCGGCGAUCCUCCAGAAUGGGCUUUGCUUCUCAUUGGCUGCCUUCUCGGCCUCGCUACCGGCCUUUGUGUUGCUGCUUUUAACCGCGGGGUGCAUGUCAUUCAUGAAUGGGCUUGGGCUGGAACUCCAAAUGAAGGCGCUGCUUGGCUUCGCUUACAAAGACUUGCAGAUACUUGGCAUCGUGUACUUUUGAUCCCAGUCACUGGUGGUGUUAUUGUAGGUAUGAUGCAUGGUUUGCUUGAGAUAUUGGAGCAGAUUAAACCCUCUGGAAGCUCAAAAUCUUCGCAAAGACAAGGUUUUAAUGUGCUUGGUGGAGUAUUUCCCACAAUAAAAGCCAUUCAAGCAGCAGUGACACUAGGCACUGGCUGUUCCUUAGGUCCUGAGGGUCCUAGUGUAGAUAUCGGAAAGUCGUGUGCUCAUGGAUGCUAUAUAAUGAUGGAAAAUAAUAGAGAAAGAAAGAUUGCUCUUGUUGCAGCCGGUGCAGCUGCUGGAAUUGCUUCAGGUUUCAAUGCAGCAGUUGCUGGUUGUUUCUUUGCUAUUGAGACAGUAUUAAGACCUCUUCGUGCUGAAAAUUCACCUCCGUUUACAACUGCAAUGAUAAUAUUAGCUUCUGUUAUUUCAUCAACCGUGUCAAAUGAAUUGCUAGGGAAUAAAUCAGCUUUUACAGUGCCAUCGUAUGAUUUGAAAUCGGCAGCAGAACUGCCAUUGUACUUGAUUUUGGGUAUGCUAUGUGGUGUUGUUAGUGUAGUUUUCACGCGCUUAGUAGCUUGGUAUACCAAGUUCUUUGAGUUCAUCAAGGAAAAGUUUGGCCUACCUUCUGUUGUCUGUCCUGCAUUAGGAGGUUUAGGGGUAGGGAUCAUAGCCCUCAAAUAUCCUGGAAUUUUGUAUUGGGGCUUCACAAAUGUUGACGAAAUUCUCCACACUGGGAAAAGUGCUUCAGCACCUGGAAUCUGGCUAUUGGCUCAAUUAGCAGCAGCAAAAGUUGUAGCGACAGCUCUGUGUAAAGGAUCUGGGCUUGUAGGUGGCCUCUAUGCACCAAGCUUGAUGAUUGGUGCUGCUGUUGGUGCUGUUUUUGGAGGUUCAGCUGCUGAACUGAUUAAUUCAGCUUUACCAGGAAACACUGCUGUUGCCCAGCCUCAGGCUUAUGCUCUGGUUGGAAUGGCUGCUACAUUAGCUUCUGUUUGUUCAGUACCCUUGACGUCUGUUUUACUUCUUUUUGAAUUGACUAAAGAUUACAGGAUAUUGCUUCCACUCAUGGGGGCUGUUGGUUUGGCAAUAUGGGUCCCUUCUGUUGCAAAUCAAAGAAAUGAAACUGACUCAAGGAAUCCAACAAGAGGCUAUUCUUUUGUUUUUCCUCGAGAUGAUGCUGAGGACCCUGACAAGGGAACUGGAGAUCAUUUAGAGCUCUCUGUCAUGAAAGAUUCUCAUUUUCUUAGAUCAAUCGAUGAAGAAGUAUCUCUAGAUGGUUUGAAGGUAUCCCAUGCUAUGUCAAAGAACUAUUUGAAGGUUGGCCUGGACACAACUUUGAGAGAUGUGAUGAAAUAUAUGCGUGAAAAUCAGCAGAAUUGUGCCCUAGUAGUUGAUGAUAAGAAUCUACUGGAGGGUAUCUUGACGAGUGGUGAUAUGGAAAGGUGUUUGUCUAAAAAUUCUGGCAACAGCAAGUCCGCACAACAUGAUGUGUAUGCAUGUCCAGUUUAUUCUGUCUGUACUCGUGGAAUGAGCUACCGGGGUGUGGAGCGUGGUGUUUUGACUUGCUAUCCGGAUACUGACUUAGUGACAGCCAAGGAUCUAAUGGAGGCUAAGGGUAUUGGGCAGUUACCAGUUGUUAUGAGAGGUGGAGACUCCCGAGAAGAAAGAAGACGAAGAAUUGUAGCUGUCCUUCAUUAUGAUUCUAUUUCAAACUAUCUCAGUGAAGAGCUUGCACAUCAGAGACCACAUCAGCGAGGGGAAGCAGGUCAUCAUGGAGAAAUGGUUGCCAACGGUCACUAAUGGUGAAGAAGGCGCUAUUUUAAUCUGCAGAAUCCGAAGCUCAGUGCAAACUUAUGAUGAUCUUCUGCGCUGAAGAGAAUCAUCAUUGAGUUGAACUCUCACGACUAACCUUGGGAAGUACUGCAAGUAAAUUUUAGCUCGAGUAAGACACAUUAUAUAGAAGAAUUGUUGCCACAACUAUUGUAUUGCUAGAUGUAUAAAAUAUGUAGGUAUCUUUUGUCUGUCUUUCUAAAACACGUUCCCUUCUCUUUUAUUUUAUGCUUUUAGACUUGAAAA